CCCGUGCCGGGCCGGGCCGUGCCGCCCGUUUGGACACCUAUACCAUUUGCCAACCCCUGAGAGACGCGUCCCUCUCCUCUCGGGCGACCUCGCCGUCGCCAGCUUAGCAUCCAUGGAGCUCGAACUCGAAGCAGCAGGCGGCGGCGGGAGGAGGAGCACCGCGCCACCGGUGUCCCUCUCCGGCGACUCCCCCGAGGCGGUGCUCGGCCGCGGCGCCGCCGCCUCCGACCGCACCGUCUCGCGCCGCCACGUGGCCCUCCGCCUCCUAGGUGGCGGCGGGGAUGAGGAGGAGGAGCCCAGGGUCGCCUUCGAGGUCGUGGGGAGGAACCCCGUGGUCGUGCGCUCGGUGGGCGGCGGCGGCGGCGGGAGCAGGGUGUUCCGGUGCGGCGAGGCCGGGGAGCUCCGCGACGGGGACGGGCUCGCGCUGUCGCUGAGGUCGCCGUCGUCGGUCUGGGCGGUGCGGAGGACGAGGAGCAAGGGCGGGGAUGGGGAUGGGGAUGUGGAGGCGGAGGUCCUGGACGCCGUGGCGAGGCGGGAGAGGCGCACGAGGGAGCGGAAGGAGAGGGAGAGGCGAGCCGCGGAGGAGGCCAUGGAGGUCACCGCCGACGAGGAGGCGGCGGCGGAGGCGGAGGCGGAGGCGGAGGCGGCGUGCAGUGGGGAUUCCGAUGCCGAAGCGGAGGAUUUGAAUUUCGAUCUAUCAAGCAUCGACCCGGUUCGAGAAUUCGGGUUCUUAUCAAUGGGCCACGAAUUUGACAACUAUCCUAAAGGAAGAAUUCGUCCCCCAAAGGAUUGGAAUUGGUUUCUGGAGGAAGUAAGGAAGGGCUCCGAUGAUGAAGAUGAUGAGGAAGGCAAAUUAAAGGGUAAAGGCGCUAACAAGAAGAAUGAGGGGCAGCGUGAAGACGAAGAUUGGAUAGGUGAGAGUGAGGACGAUAAAGAUUCAUUAUCAAGAGGUUCUAGUGUGAAGAGAUCAAAGUAUGUUACAAGAUCAAAAGAACCAAAGAAACCUCGCAAGGAAAAAACUGAGACUAAAGAUAAAAAUAAGAAUAGUGGGGAUGAAAAAGAUGAGGGGGACGAAGAUGAUGAGGAAGAUGAAACACUCAGUGGUUUUAUAGUUAACGAAGAGGAUGAGCCUAUGGAAGAGCUGAGCGAGGAAGAGGAGGACGAGUUCGAUGACGACGACGAUGACGACUGAUAACAAUGCCAAGAUAGCUUCUGUACCUUUCUCCUGAAGGUGUAACAUUAGUGCUGACAAGUAGUGGCCAUAUGUCUCUCUCUUGUAACAAAUACAGUUAAGCUUUUGUCAGACAACAGUUGUAACCAUGUUGUUUAGUUGAUGACUUAAACACAUUUGUCCCUGUUCCCUUGGAAGCUUGAGUUUUGCGUCGUGCUUUAUCAGUGAAGUGGAUGGCAAUA